AUGAUAUCAGACUCUUGUGCUCCAACCGAUUAUAGACAAGUAGCAGCUCUGCCGAAUGAAACCCAGCAAUGUGAAUGUGAGAAGAUGUUUUUGAAAGAAAUACUUACAGAUUGUGACCCAGCCAUGAAGCAGUUUCUGCUGUACUUUGAGUCAAAUACCCUAAGGGGGAAGUUCAGCAUACAAGACUUGGCUAAAACACAUCUCCUUGUGUUAGCUGAGAUGGUUUACUUCCUACAGGAGAGAGUGGGAGAGUUAAUGGACCAGAACUCUUUCCCUAUUACACAAAAAUAGAA